CUUUUCUUCCAUCAGCAGAGUCAAACUGCUUGUGUCUGGAGAGCGAGGGGAUAUCUUUUUCUUUUGUGUUGUUUUUUUCACACCAUCACUGGAAACAUGACUUCAAAUUCCAACUUAUCCAACAUGCGACGGCUGGUGGAACAACUUAAACUGGAGGCCAGCGUGGAAAGAAUUAAGGUGUCCCAGGCAGCUGCAGAGCUGCAGCAGUACUGUCUGCAGAAUGCCAGCAAAGAUGCCCUGCUGGUCGGAGUCCCUACGGGGAGCAACCCCUUCAGAGAGCCGCGCUCCUGCGCUGUGGUCUGAAGAGUAUGAAGACAUGGAUGGAACUGUGGAAUCUCCUGCGGAGAAAAAGAGAUUUGGCUUUUUAUCCAGAUGUGUUUUGUCUAAAAUUUUUAUUUUAUUUUUUUAAUAGACCACAAUAAAAUAUUCCUUUGUUAUAUA